AAAAUUGAGAGCAAUAAUUGUCAUUUUUAAUCAGAAGCUGCGAAAACGAGUGUUCUUCAUCAGCAGUUCUUUGCCUGAGAGUUUUUUCAAAGCAAAUUUUCCGGCAUGGAAGUCGUGUCUUCGAUUGUCAGUGGAGCGGUCGUAGAAACUGGUCGGCCUCUCUGUGGCUCUAUCUAUUCUACGAUCAAGAACAUUGUCAAAGGCCCACAACAGCUUGAUCUCUUGGAAAGCAAGAUGAAAUCCCUUAUGGCUCUUAGAAAUGAUGCAGAAGAAGAAAUGACAAGUGCUAAGAGAGACGGAAAAGUAAUAAAAGAGCAAGCCACUGUGUGGGUUGGGGAGGUUGAUAAGCUGCAGUAUAAGAUCAAUGAUCAGAUUCAAGAAGCAAAGAGUUCCCGAUGUUUCUUAAGUUGCAGUACUAAGCGGUAUAAAAUAAGCAGGGAAGUGCCAGAACAUCUCACAGAGAUAGAAAGGCUUCGAGCAGAGGGAAAGUCCCUUGCUGGUUCCGUGGCUCUUAAUUAUUCAGAGUUCAAAGCAGUGGCGCAUUUUCCUGGACCUUCAAUUAAAGAUCAAACAGCAUCAGUAUCAGAAGAUUUAGCCAAAAUUACGACUCUAUUGUCUGACGAUAGAUACCAGAGAAUUGGUAUAUGGGGGAUGGGAGGCGUCGGCAAAACUAAUCUGGUGAGAAAUUUGAACAAUGAGCUCGAAAAUAAUUCAAAUCGGCCUUUUACCUUUGUACAAUGGGUUAUCGUGUCCAAAAAUUUGGACAUGAAAAGGCUCCAGAAGGAAAUAGCUGAAAGACUGUGUUUGAAAAUGGAAGAGAGUUCGGGAGCGGAUGGAAUGGCUGCUAAACUUCGUCAAAGACUAAAGGAGGAACGUUUUCUUCUCAUUCUCGAUGAUGUUUGGGAGAAAAUUGAUUUGGACAAAUUGGGUGUCCCACGGCUUGAAGAUCCUAGGGGUAGUAAGAUCAUAUUGACAUCUAGAUCUUUAGAUGUAUGUAGGAACAUGAUGCUGACUGAUGUUGACAUUAAAGUGAGCGUUUUGAGGGAUGAAGACGCUUGGCAACUAUUUAGUCGAUAUGCGACGGAUGUGGUUAGUUUAGAACAUAUCACACCACUUGCUGAGGCAAUUUGUAAAGAGUGUAAGGGAUUGCCUUUGGCCAUCAUCACCAUGGGAGCUGCAAUGAGAGGAAAGACGAAGCUGGAGUUAUGGAACCAUGCUUUGAAACAAUUGCGAAGAUCAGUGCCUUAUGCAAUAGGCGUUGAGGAGGAGCUCUAUAAGCCUUUGAAGUGGAGUUACGACUCAUUAGAAGGUAAAGACUUGAAAGCUUGUUUCCUUUACUGCUCUUUGUUUCCAGAGGACUUCUCAAUUGAAAUAGAUGAACUAGUAUGGUACUGGCUGGCGGAAGGUUUGAUAGAUGAUCGAGAAAAGUAUGAGGAUUUCUACAGUAGAGGAAUUAGUUUGAUUGAAAAUCUGAAGGACGCCUGUUUGUUGGAAGAUGGUUCCUAUGUGGGCACAGUGAAGAUGCAUGACGUUGUUCGUGAUGUUAGCAUAUGGAUUGCCUGCAGCGAGGAUGGAAGUAAAUUCCUUGUUCGUUCAGGGAAUGGGUUGAAAGAGAUUUCAGCUACUGAGCUAUCAAAUUCUCUCAAAAGAGUUUCUUUCAUGAAUAACGAUUUAGAAAGACUACCUGAUGAUGAGUCUGUGAUACAAUGUUCAGAGGCAUCAACUUUGCUACUACAAAAUAAUCCUCGCCUUGACUUAAUUCCUGAAAGAUUUUUGAAAGGAUUUGAAGCACUGAGAGUCUUGAAUAUCAGUGGGACCGGCAUCAAGUCAUUGCCCGUUUCUCUACUUCAACUGGAUGAUCUCCGUGCUCUUCUUUUGAAUCAUUGCUGGGAUCUCAAAGAAUUGCCCUCGCUGGAAAGGCUCUGUAAACUUCUAGUGCUUGAUCUCUCUUGGACUGGUAUCAGAGAAUUGCCAAGAGGGUUGGAGCAACUCAGCAACUUAAGGCAUCUAAUCUUAAAGAGGACUCAGAAAUUGAAAGCGGUUAAAGGUGGAGUCAUAUCCAAGUUGUCUAGGUUAGAAGUACUGGACAUGUCAGACAGUAACUACAAUUGGAAAGUGAAGGGAGGGGUAAAUGAGGAAGAAGCAUGUAUUGAAGAGCUCGAAUGCCUUGAGCGGUUACAAUUCUUAGCCAUCAGUUUGGAAUGGGUCCCCUCUCACAGUUGCCAAGAUACAAUUAUUUCCUUGACAAAUAGAUUAAAAGGAUUCCAAAUUACCAUCGUACGGCCGGACCAUCCUGUAAAUUAUCCAGGAAGACUAUAUGCACGUCCAGAUGCCCAAAGUUGCGUGACAAUGGCUGGAAUUGAUCUCUCGGGAGGACAGAUCGGGUGGUGGUUGAGUAUUGCAAGUCAUCUACGCAUAAUUAGUUGUCGGGGACUGAAUGAGAUGCUACAAGACUUGGUCAUUAACAGUGUUGGCAGCUUUACAUAUUUAAAAAAGCUUCAUAUUUAUGAUAGCAGUUUUCGGACUGGAGGACGUGCUGCACAGCAUGACCUACUACCCAAUUUGGAGCAACUUAUUCUGAUAGAUAUGACAGGCAUUGAAAGCAUUUCAGAACUCGUCUACCAUCUCGGGCUGAGAUUGCAGAGACUAAUACAAAUAAAUGUGAUUGGCUGUAGUGAGAUAAAAUAUCUUCUCUCCCUUGGGAACUCUAUUCGCACAAUGCCAAACCUAGAACUAAUCCAGGUAAGCUAUUGUUCCAAUUUAGAAGAGCUCUUCAAUUAUCUUCCAUUAUAUGAGAUCAAUAUGGCUCCAGAUCCUAUUACCCCAAAGCUACAGAAAUUGGAAUUGGAGAACCUUCCCAAAUUAAGGAAUCUUUGUGGGGACGAAAAGACCUGGCCGGGUAAUAAAGUGAAGGUUGACGUGACCGAUUGUGAUCUUCUGAGCACUUAGCAAUAAUUAAUAAGAUGGAAACUAGUCGGAGGGAAACACAUUGGAGCCGAAUGCAUGCAGGCGAAACUAAAUAAUAUUUUACGUGUUUUUGUUGAAGUGAUGUGUGCAAUAUAU